AUGGCUCCCUCUGUCUGUCUGGUCCUCCUCCUGGCCGUCUUGCUCAGCCUGGCGGUGACCCCCGCCUCCGCACCCGUCCAUCAGGGCCGAGGAGGCUGGACCCUCAACAGUGCCGGCUACCUCCUGGGUCCCGAGCUCCACCUUCUUCAGAGCAGGGACCGCGGCAGUGGGAAGAAGACAGCCCUGGAGGUCCCGGACCUGUGGAAGGCCAUUGACGGGCUCCCCAAUCCCCACCCUCAGCAGACCACCAAGAGGAGUCCGAGGGAGACCUUGGCCAAACCAGAGACGGCAGACCCGGGCGAGCUCAGCAAGAAAGCUCCCAGGGAGGGAGAGGCCCUGCAGUCUUAG